CCAGCUAACAGACAGAGGCUUCAGAUGAGGGAAUACUAAUCAUCCUCUCAGUUAUGAAGCUCUUCUAUCUUUUGGGGCUCACUUUUGUACUGGAAAUUUGGGGUGUCUUGGGUUUAAUAGACUUGAAGAAUUGCAAGAGUUUACCCAAUGAACUGAUUUCUUCCUGGACAGACUCAGAUCUGAGAGGCUUGCUGAGGCUGCCCUGGAUUGUGAAUAUCUCUGAGACACAGGAACCCGGCUCGGUCAUCCACACGUUCUUUUUCAACUGCUCCUGCCCACCUACCCUGGAGCUCUACAGUGUGAUUCCCUCCAGCCCCUUCUUUAACCAGCCCAGUUUAUCGGGAUAUUACACUCAGUAUUUGGCAAAGAUGACCUUGAGCAGUGCAGCCAGGCUGGAUGCCCGGCAGGUGAACCACUACCAGCUCAAUCUGAAGCUCACGUGCAUGAAAGAAACUUGGAGUUUGCCGCUGUCGGUGGAAGUGUUUAAAGCCAAGGGUCACCCUGUGUGUCUAGACCGCUUUGCCAGCCCAGCUGGGGACAAGGUGCAGGUUCUGGAGACUGUGGAGCCCCAGUCCCUGAUCUACGUGGUGCUGCUCGACAGGGGUCUGACUGGUGUCAAGAUGGCAAUCACAAGCCCUCAGGACACCACCUUCUUCUCUAUCAAUGAGCUGGGGCAAGUGCUAACCCCUAGCCAGGGUCUUAUUGGCAAUGCCUACAAGCACUUCCAGCUGAAGAUCUUGGUGACUGAUGGACAAGGCAAGAGCUGCCAGGGGACCCUGACUGUUGAGGUUCUGCCCAAUCCUCCCAAUCAGAUCUUCUUCGGGAUUCAAUUCCAGACCUUCAACAUCUCUGAGGACCUGGUGGCUGGUGGAGUGGUUGGCCAGGUCCGAGCCAAUGGCAGUCGUGUCCGAUAUGAGAUCACCGAGCCUGUUCCCUGCCCCUUAUAUUCCAUCAGUUCUGGGGAUGGACUGAUACGGACCACAGCUCCUCUGGAUCUGGGGCGGAACCCUGGGGCUGUAGUCACCCAGUUACAAGUGAAGGCCUAUGAUCCAUUUCAGCUCUCGUUGAGUGCCCAGCUCAGUGUCACUGUCAAUGUGCAACCCAUCAACACAUGGGCCCCUCGCUGCACCCCAGCUUUGCUAGUUACCCAGGUCCCAGAGACCAUUCCCGUGGGCAGCAUCCUCCUGACUCUGGCCUGCACUGACCCAGACUCCAGCAGCAGCACCUUUCAUUACCGGCUUUGGCACCCCAAUGAGACCAAGUCAAACUACAGCUUCCGCCUGCAGGGUCCCAUCCUUCAGGUAAACAACACAUUAGACUAUGACUCAUCUGCACCUGAUGUUCAGUAUAAGACCACCAUCCUGGUGACUGAUAGUGGCCAACCCCCCCAGACCAGCCAGGUACCAGUGCUGGUGACAGUGACCCCUGUGAAUGAGUAUUCUCCAAUCUGUCCUGCUCACACAUUCCGGGUCAGAGAAGACACUCUUCGUGGCAAGCUGAUUGGGACUGUCCUUGGCUCAGACCGCGACUAUCCUCCCAACAGCAUUGAGUACCACAUUUCAGACUCAUCGUCUAACUUCUACAUUGACCCUCGAAGUGGUAAACUCCAUCUUCUGACCUCCCUGGACUAUGAAAAACAGAAGACAUAUCUGCUGGUGAUCUUUCUGACUGAUCGAGACCAGGAUCAGGAUCCUACACAUCGCCGGUCAGGCUCUUGUACUGUCACCAUUGAGGUUCAGAAUGUGAAUGACCAUGCUCCAGAAUGUGAACCCCCAUUCCAAGAGCUCACCAUCUCUUCUGCCCCAAGCACCAAUGCAGAGGUGACAAAGCUGAUGUGCUCGGACAGGGAUGUACCAGAGCAAGCUCCUGGAGCAUUCUCUUUCACCAUCGUUGGAGGAAACAGCAAUGGAAGGUUCCACAUGAAGGACAAUAUUCUACUCCACAAGACCUUUUCCUUACAGCCUGAUGGGCCCUUGAACCCCCUCACUUAUGAGCUUCUGGUCCGCGUGACUGACAAUGGACCUACCCUGCCCCUCUUCAGUACCACGACCAUUGUCAUUGUUCACGUGAUUCCUUGGAUGACCACUGUGCCCACCACAAGCACAACACCUCUGAUGGUUUCUUCACCUACACCCUUGCUAGUGACUAGAAAUGAGGAUUACUGGGCUCCAGAAGCUUGGUUCGUGGUUGUGUUAACAGUGACUGGAGUUCUCCUGCUCAGCAUCUUGGGCUGGCUCCUUUGUAGAUGGCCUGGAAGGAUGGCUGUAAGCCAGCAAACAUGUGGACAAUCCUCCCAGACUCUAUUAUUGGAGAGCACUAGGAGAAAGGAAAAUUCUACUGGUGAGCUAAGAACAAAGAAGAAUGAAGAAAGCGGCAGCAUCCUAAGCCUGCAGCAGUUUGAUGGCAGAGCUCAGGAUCCUGGUAAGUUCUCUACUUCCUGCCCUUUACUUAUUUCCACCUUAGCGCCUUCUGCAGAUAAAGGGGCUUACUAUCACAAUAUCCAGUUUGGAAUAAGUGCUAUCACCCCUACCUUGGCCCUUUCGUAAAAAAAAAAAAAAAAAAGGAAGGCUUCCUUGCCCUUAACAUUGAUGCCUGAUUGUUUUAAGUUUAUUCAUACUUUUUCUUCUAGCUUGAGCUGAAAGCAAUUCAGGACUUAACAGGCUACCCUAAAUCUGGCUAUUUAGCCUGCCUCCCCCUGCUCCCACCACCUUCUUCUCCCUAGUCUUCCCCCUGCUACCAAUUUCUCUGUCUCUGUCUGUCUCUAUUUGUCUCUCUGUCUCCCUCUCUUUCUCUGUCUCCAUGGUUUCUCUCACUCUCUGUCU